AUGAGGUUACCAGACAAUGUCUCAUUAGAAGAAGGUGCUCCUGUACAGCCACUUUCUGUAGGAGUUCAGGCAUGUCGUAGGGCUGGAGUCACAUUGGGUUCUACUGUUCUUAUCACAGGAACAGGACCUAUUGGUCUCAUCACACUUAUAGCGGCAAAAGCAAUGGGUGCAGCCAAGGUGCUUAUGACAGAUGUUGUUGUUCAUCGGCUUAAGAUAGCAAAGACAUUUGGUGCAGACUACACACUUCAAGUCUUCCCUGGUGAAAGUGUAGUACAACAGUCAGCUAAGAUAUGCUCCCUGCUGACUAAGGCUCCAGAUAUAACUAUUGACUGUUGUGGAAUAGAAUCUACAGUCAGACUGGGCUUAGGGGUACAAUAA